AGCCUAGAAUUCACAUUUCUAACCCAGCACCAACUAAGUCUUCCGUCCUAUUUUCCUCUAAAAGAAUUCUCCGGCGGAUCUCCUUCUAUUUUUUAUUAGUACUUUUUUCAAAUUCCGUCGAAUAUUCGCAUUUGCAUGGCAGUAAGUUUUCUGAAUCGGGAGGUAUCUGACCUGUGUCUUGGUAAGCCGGCGUUAAAGCCUAUUCCAGCCGAAGCCACCGUAUCGGAGGCGUUGACAUUGUUGAAAAAAUCCGGCGAGACUCAUGUAAGCGUUUGGAGCUGUGACCAUAUAAGGAAGGUUAUAGAAGGAGGAGGUGGAGGAGAUUCUGUGUGCCGCUGUAUUGGUAAGAUCUGUAUGGUCGAUGUGAUUUGCUUCCUCUGUAAGGAAGAGAAUUUGGCUGAUCCUUCUAAGGCUCUUCAAACUCCCGUGGAACAGAUUUUGCCUAAAGGGAAUUCCAUUGUCAGACAUUUGGAUCCAAAUUCUAGCUUGUUGGAAGCAAUAGAUUACAUUCUUGAAGGUGCACAGAAUCUGGUUAUACCAAUUCAAAACUACAAGAGCACCCCUUCGAGGAAAAAACUUUUGAGUACAGCAUCAUUUUUGACUCCCACAAAUCAUAACGGAGUUGAAUACUGCUGGCUAACUCAGGAAGACAUUGUCCGGUUCCUUCUGAACUCCAUUGGAGUCUUCUCUCCUAUGCCUACUUUUUCAAUUGAAUCACUCAAUAUCAUAAAUCAUGAUAUGAUGACUGUUAGUUAUCAUGAUCCUGCAAUUUCUUCUUUGGAUGCCAUAAUUCGGGCAUAUAUUGAGCAGAGCUCAGUUGCUGUUGUUGAUGAAGGCAACCGAUUGAUCGGUGAAAUCUCUCCCUUCACUCUAGCCUACUGUGAUGAGACCGUUGCAGCAGCAAUCGCGACACUUUCAGCUGGUGAUCUCAUGACUUACAUCGACUACGGUGGUCCUCCAGAGGACUUGAUCGAGUUGGUCAAGAUGAGGUUACAAGAAAAGAAACUUGGGGCAAUGGUGGAACUAAUAGAUGAAGAGUUUUCACUUUCUUCAUCAUCAUCUUCUGCUUCGAGCUGUUCAUCAGAUGAUGAAUCAGGCUCAAACAAAGUUACUGUGCUAGGACGAUAUUCUUCAGCAAGAAGAUCCGAGGCAAUUACUUGUUAUCCAUGGAGUUCAUUGGUGGCUGUGAUGAUCCAAGCUCUAGCACAUCGUGCUAAUUCCAUUUGGGUGAUGGAUGAAGACCAUAAUUUGAUCGGAGUUGUAACAUUUAAAGGAAUUCUGGAAGUUUUCAGGAGUAUCGCUAAUGCGAAGCGUAAACCAGAAAAGGAGAAUACAUCAAAGCAAUAAUACACAAUUAAAUGCCA